AUGAGGUUCUCCAUUACCAUCCUUUCCCUCUUUGCAAUUGCUGCAUAUGCGCAGACAUCGACUUCUCCUGGAUCUGCCGCACCCACUGGUAGUGCUUCCUCCGCUGCAGCGAGCGCUCAAUCGUCUUCCGUUUCCUCGGUAUCCGCCUCGGCUUCAUCUGCAUUGGCAUCCGUCAGCGAUGCCGCAUCUAACGCAACAUCUUCCGUCAGCGCGUCAGCCAGCUCUGCCUCUGCAAGCAUUUCGGGUGCCGCUGCCAACCAAACCUCGACGGAUAGCGCAGCUGCGCCAUCUAGUACUGGCGCUGCUUUGGCCAACGGCGCGCACGGCGUGGCUGCUCUCGUUGUUGCAGGAGUCCUUGCCGCCCUCGUCUAA